UCAACCCACCACCCACACUGCACACACACACACACACAUCUGGACCUGUGAAGAUGGAUCGAGCCACACGCGAGGAGCGCACGGAGGCGGCCGUCCCCAACGUCUUUGCUGGCGAUGAGGAGGAUGUGGAGACCGCAAACGUCCCAAAGACGCUGCGCGAGAUCACCCAUGAGGAAGUGGCACAGUUCAUCACCUCGCUCCACGAGAGCAUCAUGGCCGAGGAUGUUGACCGCAUUCGCUCCCUCUACGAGCGGCACUACCGCCGUCUCUCCGACAAGUACUUCAAGGAGAAGACGUGGCCAGAGCCGCAGAAGGUGGCCAAGAUCAUCGACGAGGGCCUGUUUCAGAUCCUCUACCGCGAGCUCUUCUACCGUCACAUCUUCAUCAAGCUGCGCAAGCCCGUGCUUGCUGACCGCCACAGCGCAUACGAGAACUACAUUUCCCUCUUCACAUUCAUCCUCGAUGCGGAUGCGCCGGUCCCAUUUGAGCUCCCCGAUCAGUGGCUGUGGGAUAUCAUUGACGAGUUUGUGUACCAGUUUGAGGGCUUUGUGCAGCACAAGGGUUACAAAGCGCACAAGCAGGCGUAUCCAGAGGACUGGGACGUCAAGGUUGUGUUCAACGUUCUGCACCAGCUCAUCACCCGCUCGAGAAUAAACGAGCAACUGGAGGCCUUCCAACGGGGCGACAACCCCGCGGACGUCGCCGACGAGUUUGGCAACCACCCGCUCUACCGCAUGCUUGGCUACUUCAGCCUGGUUGGCUCGCUCAGAUUGCACACACUCAUGGGUGAUUACCGCCAGGCCCUGGAGGCCGUGCGCAACAUUGACCUGAGCAAGCCCAAGCUGAUCAGCAACGUGCUGACGUGCCAGGUGACCAUCUACCACCAAGUUGGCUUCUGCUACCUCAUGUCGCGCCGCUACCACGAUGCCAUUGGCCGCUUUGAGGACAUUCUGUACUACACGCGGUCCACCGACACACAGAACAUGUACUACAGCGACUACCACACAAUCCGCAGCAAAUGCGAGCACAUCACAGCGCUGCUUGCGCUUGCGCACGCCAUGGAGGACGGCGCCGUGAAGGACAUGUACCGCGCAGAGAGCGAGAACCUGCGCAAGGCUGCUGACGGCGACGAGGAGGCUGCUGCCGCCCUCUUCAAGAAGGGCGCGCCCAAGUUUGUUGAGCCCAGCGUGAUGUUUGCCUCGCUCGACGGCUCAGAUGAGGUUGCUGAUGCGGCGAGUGACGACACUGCGUCUUCCAGCUCGAAACUGGCCACCGACACACAGCUGCAGGUCUUCCUGCGCGACUUCCGCCGCCGCAAGAACAUGGUCAACAUCCGCUCCUACCUCAAGCUCUACGAAUCCCUCAAAAUCUCCAAGCUCGCCAGCCUCCUCGGCAAGGACGAGGAUGAGUUGCGGCUUCACCUGCAUGCACACAAGAGGCGAACGAACCAGCUGGUUUGGUCUGCCGGCAAGCAACCACUUGCGGGCACUCGGCAGUGCGCUGACACCCUUGACUUUUACAUUGACGGUGACACCAUCCACGUCGCCAGCAUUACGGUUUCGCAAGGCCAUGGCGAGAAGCUUCUGCAGGCAACGCAAAGGCUGAUGCAAGACCCGCGCAAGGAAGCAACUCGGUUCCUCAGGACCCGAAAGUGAUGCGAAAGUACAAGUGUGUGUGUGUGAUGUGAGGUUGAGUGGCCGUUGUUGGGCUGUUUGACAAGUUAGUAGGUGAUGGCGAGCGGUGGUUGACGUUGCGAUUCGUGUCUUCCUUUUCUUCUUCCCUUGUUCCCCUCUUUUUUUCCCUUGUUCACUUGCCUCUGUACACCAGCAACACCAAGCCUCGCUUGACAUAAACUGACCAACAACAGCAAA